AUGUCGCUUUCUAGGGCUGUGGUUGCGAUUUCAGGUGCAGGCUCAGGCAUUGGCCUGGCCACAGCCGCCUUGCUCGCCCGCCGCGGGGCGUUCCUGUCCCUGGCCGACCGCAACCGCGCCGCCAUCGAAUCCCACGCGAUCCGCAUCGAGGCUGCAGGCGGACGCUGCAUCGCUGUCCCGACUGACAUCCGGAGCGCCUCCUCCGUUGACGAGUGGAUCCACAGCACGGUCGAGGCUUACGGGAGGCUGGAUGGCGCGGUGAACUGUGCCGGGGUACUCAGGCUGCCCGACAUGGGUCGCGCGCCCCUUUCGGCCCAGAGUGAUCCGGCGUGGGAUUUCGUGCUCGACACCAACCUCAGCGGCACCUUUCGCUGCCUGCGGGCGCAGCUCCGGGCCGUGGCUGACGGUGGCAGCAUCGUCAACCUCACGUCGACGGUGGGAGUGCAGGGGCUGGCCAACGACGCGCCCUACUGUGCCAGCAAGCACGGGAUAGUGGGCUUGACGCGGUCAGCAGCGAAGGAAGUGGCGGGCCGGGGGAUCCGCGUCAACUGUGUGGCGCCCGCCACUAUCGACACGCCCAUGCUCCAGUUGGGGGCCAGUCCUAACCGCGAGGCCAUCAUGGCGGAGAUACGAGGCCAUACACCAAUGCGCCGAUUCGGCAGCCCCGACGACGUGGCCCACACCGUUGCCUUCCUGCUCGGCCCAGACAGCUGCUUCACCACGGGCACCGUCAUGGCCGUUGACGGCGGCAUGACGGCGUAG